CGGCCGCCUGCCCCGCGCGACACGAAUGCGGAAACAGUGCGCGAGCGAGUGAUGUCGCAGAAAAACAAAGAUCAACGGCCGGAGAUUUAAACCGAAAACAAACAAGAUCCGAAUGAAAGGCCUGCAGAGUAGUACGUAGCCUGAGGAAAAGAGACUGAGGAGCCAAUAGACGACCAAAAGAAAGGAGACAAAAGAAAAGCAACAAUGACAGUGAUGUAAGAAAUUCGCAAAAAAGAAAAGAUGAAUAAUAAAUAGAUGGACAAGAAGUUUGGUGACAGAGUCUUAUGUCAGUAAGACAGAAAAUCAACCAAUAAGACUAGUUAAAAUUUGAUUUGGUUUGUUUUAAAAGAUCUUUUGAGAUUCUGGAACAAAAAAUUAUGCAAAGGUCUUGCAAAAGAAAUAAGCAGAUUGCUAAUGGUGAAGACAAAACUAUUUUCUCCGCUGUGCAAAAAAAUCUACAAAAUCGUUUUGAUUUUGCCCAGUUUUUGCCUCAAGAGUUAACUCUGAAAAUUUUCAGUGAACUGGACAUUCGAAGCUUGUCUAAUGCUGCAAUGACUUGCAAAGCGUGGAAUGAUCUGAUCGAAACCAGUGACAGCCUUUGGUACAAUCACUGCCUGACCAUACUGGCUGUCUGCAAGCGGGAGCUGCAGUGGGAUCGAGCACAUGGACUUUCAUGGAAGGUUACUCUGAUGAGGAACUACAAGAAAAGCAACAUAAAACGAGCAUGGUUAGAUGGUCAGUACAGUUACAUUCAUUCUGCAGCCGAGCUUCUACACAACAGUAUGUGUGAAAUGGAUGCAGAUGCUUGGGGAGAGAUACUGGAGGCUGAACUGGAAAGAUAGUGUUGUGUUAAUUUGGACCAUUUAUUGCAGCAUCAUGCACUCACAAAAAAAGCUAAAAGCACUAGAAUAAAAGUAUUUGUUUUAUUCAUCAAAUGGUUUAUGCUUUAAAAAAUAGUAAACAAGAAAUUUUAUUGCAUUUGUCAUCUUUUAAUUGAAUACUUAAAGAUGGAAUUUAUUUAAAAAUUGCAAUUUUAUUGAAAUAUUUAAAAGUAAAGAACCUUUUUUAAGAAAUGCGUUCUACUGUUUUAAGCACUUUUGGGUUUUUUUGUAAAUUUAUCAUGGAGAUUGUGAUAAUAGUACUGUAAAUUUGGUUCCUGUCUGUUUGUACUAUACAGUCAGAAAUAAACCUUGGACAUUGUUUUUUCGA